AUGUCCGCUUCCAAGAAAUUCAAGACGAAGGACAUUGUCGAUCCGGGAUAUCCUCUACUUGAGGCCAACCGCGCGCUUAUAGAGUCAAUCCAGCGCUCUACGCAUGUCUAUGGCCACACAGAUCGUCAUGUGCUCGACGUCUACCACCCACCGACGACCCAAUCGCGCGAUACCAUGCGAAAGCCGCAUAUACUGGUGUUCUUCUACGGGGGAAGCUUCGUCCGAGGAGCGCGCAUCGGCACCGCUCCCCCACAGGAUCUCGUCCAUGCCAAUCUCGGAGCGUUCUUCGCCUCUAGAGGUAUCCUGGCGGUUGUGGCAGACUACAGGCUGAUUCCCGGGAUCACCUUCCCCCAAGGGUCAGAAGACGUGCGGGAUGUGCUGUUGUGGGUUGUCCAGAACCUGCCAGGCGAGGGAGACACGCAGAAUAUCUUCGUUCUUGCUCACUCUGCCGGUGGUGUGCACGUCGCCUCGCUGCUUUUGAGCCCCACGUUGUUUGUCUCUCCCCUCGCUGCAGCAUUGAAGGGUGUGACCUUGCUGGGCGUGCCCUUCGACAUUGGCAACGGGAAGCAAGGUGAGAUGUGGGAGGCUGCGGUAAAGUAUUACGGCAGCGCGCAGAAGAUCAGGGACAAUCAGCCCAUCGGGCUACUGGGGCGGUCAGACACACGAUUCAUCUCGCAGCUACCACCGGUCUGCCUCGCAGUGGCGGGGAGUGAGCCGCGCAGGAUUGUCAGGGCAAGUGGGUCAUUUGCAUCGAUACUGAGGAGGAAAGGUGGAUGCGUAGACGAGGUUGUGCUGGACGGGCAUGAUCAUAUGAGUCCAAUUGUUGCUCUGAGUUCUGGGUACGGCGAGGAGUGGGGUGAUGAGAUGGCGCAGUGGAUAUGCAGUCAUUGCAUCUACGAUUCAGAGUCGUCAUCCGCUGCAAGUAAUCCAGGAUCAGGAUAA